UAGGUUCCGAUAUGUUGGUUUUCUCGAUAUUUUCGAUAUCAAAAUUUAUUUUUUGGGCAUAUAUAUAUCGAUUUUCUGAUAUAUCGUUCAUCCCUAAUCCUAACUGUUCUGUCAAAUGGUUGCCAUCUAUUGUCAAAUAUUUUGCAAAGAGGAUUUGUUUGGGUUUAUUACCGGUCGAUAAAAUAGAAAUUAUUUAUUUAAAGUUAUUAGAGCUAGUAGUUCAAUUCGUAUUUACUUUUUGUGACAAAUUGUAAGAACUGCAGGAGAAUGAUCAAAAUAUCUGCACUGAACGAUGAAUCUGAAGAAGACUCCGGGUCCGAUGAAGAAGUGACAAAAGAGGCACUAGAACAAAUAGCUUUACAACAGUAUGCAAAAGCGUUAGAUCUUCAACGAAAAGGAAACUUAAAGGAUGCGACGCAGCUUUUGAAAGAUUUAUUAGACACAGAAGUUUUGUACGAUGUAAAAAAACCCGUGCAAGGAGAGAAAGUUUCGGACCCCCUGCUUAAAUUGAAAUACUUGUGUUUCAAAAAUCUUGCUGCGAUGUUGAGCGCUGCCGGCGAUAAUGAAGGCGCCAUUGAGGCUUUUUGUGCAGCUUCAGAGCUUGAUGAUACAGAUGUCACUUUGUGGCACAGAUUAGGUCUCACUUGUAUGAGUGUAAAACGUUACGAUAUGGCUCUACACGCUUUCCAGCGUGGUGUAGACAGGAACCCGAAACAUUGGCCAUGCCUUGACAAAAUAGUUACUUUACUAAUGGGUCUAGACUACAAAGAAGAGUGUAUUGCCACAAUACAUGACACACUACAACUCGAUCCUGACUAUUUAAGGGGAUUGGUAUAUAGAAAACAUAUUUACAAAAUUUAUCCCUACAUUAGGGAUUACAUGGAGUAUUUGAACCCAAUUUAUAAGUGGAAUGAAAAUGAGGAAGAAGCUAUAAAUGAAGAAAAAGCUGAAAUAUUAAUUAAAGAAGCUGAAGAAAUUCAUGAAAUAUUUUUGGAAAAGCAAAGACAAGAUCAAUUUAAAUAUUUGUUGCCUAAUUUAAAAUUAAAAAAACCUAUAUCUGAUUUAGCUUGGGCAGCAGUGGGUGAAUCUCUUAUUCAUAUGCAUCAAUAUAUGACAGAAAAUUGUUUCAGUCAUGCCUGUUACUUGGAAUUAAUAUUUGAAAAAGAACAAAAGCAUGAACAAAUGGAAGUGGAUGAUGAGCCUAAAGAAAUAGAACUUCAAGAAAAUACUAAAUCAGAUGAAAAUGAAAAAUCUGAAACUAAUGAACAAAGAGUAGAUAAAGAAAAUGUAUCUGAAAAUGAAAAUAAUGAUUUAUCUGAUAAAGACAAGGGAGCAACAGAUACUGAAAAAGUAGAAAGUGAUAUAGAGAUGAUGCAAGCUGAAACAGUGACAGAUGCUCAGCCGGAGCCCAAAAUACAAAGAAAAAAUCCAGUUCGUAGACGUGGCAGUGCUCUUAGCUUCUUAGAACAGUGGGAGUGGUGUACUAAGCGAAGAUCUGGACGAAAAAAGGCUUCAAAUCGACAAGAGCAGGAUGAUAAUAUCUAUGAUACAUUGAGGAGAAUGGUUCCUGCAUAUUUGUCUCCAGUAUUAGUACAGAAGAAUGAAAACCAGGCUAGGGAAACAUCUCCUGAUACAACAGACCUUGAUAAGUUAUUUGAAGAGAAAGGAAAUGUUGAAAAGUUUGAGCAUUACUUUGGUACAGAAAAUGAGCAAAGAGAUGUUAAAGAAUUUAUAAACAAAUAUGCAGAGCCCAAAAGAGAUAUCAUUGAUAUGUUAAAGGAGUUUUUACAUAUUUUAGCAGAUAAGUGGAGAAUAUUGUGGCCAAAUGGUUUGAGUAAAAUAUUUGUUAAAGCUAAUGAAUGUUAUAAUACUCAUAUUGAUAUACCAGCCUAUACUGAUGACAAUCAACUUGAACUUCUACAUUAUGUCAAUGUCAAUAUACUAGCUGAAGAGUUUACAGUAAAUGAAAAAUUGCACAACAUUGAUGAUGGAAAUAUUUACCACAACAUAAAUAUCAUUGAAGCAAUAGGAAUUACUCUUAAUUUAAAACCACAUUUAUUUACAGGCAUAAAUUGCUUAGAAUUAAUGUUGAGGCAUCUUUGGGUUAAGUUUCAUAUUAAUUUAUUGAACAAAUGUGAAGAAUUUGGUCUUGACUGCUUAUAUCAGUUGUCAUAUGAAUUUGAAAUAAUGGGUGAAGACCAUGAGGCAUACAAUUUGAAUGUUGUAAAUUUCACCUUUAAACCACUUAUAAAUGAAAAUGAAGUAUUAUCAGCUAUCAAAUUUUUAGAGCGUAAUAAAAAAUUAUCAACUGUAAUGGAGUUAUAUGAUAGAGGUGAUUAUGAAGAAGUUCUGUCUAUUGUAAUAGAUUCAUUUGAACAUUGCAAGAAUAUGGCUAGGAAUCAAGAGGAGGACAUGUCACUUGACUUUGCUGUUCAGUUGUCUGUAAUAUUGGAUACAUAUUGGGCAUUGGAUAAAGUGGAUAGUUGCUUCAAAUGGUCUCUGGUAUGUCUACAUGAGGCUUUAAAGCACUUUUUUAGGUAUACUAGUGGAUCUCCUGAUUAUGAUAAGUGGAGUUUGACUGUUGUAAAAGUACUUUGUUGUAUGGAACACAUACUUGCUACUGAAGGGCUAUCAUGUCUAGAUACAAUAUCUCAAAAAGAGCUUAGUCAGGGCUUAGAAGAUCUGAUUAGAAUUAUAGGACAUCAAGUAGAAACUAAUGCAACUGAGAUACCCUUUGGGACAAUUAUUCCAUGGAUUAUUAUGCAUUAUAUCUUACAGAGAGAAGAAGAUCAAGGGAGGGGUAGAACUAAUAAUGACAAAGAAAAGAAUUUAGAGGAUGAAGUUCCUUAUCCAUUGAUGGUAUUGUUUAUUGCCCAUGAGCAUUUGGGAAAUAGAGGUUGGUGCUGUAACUCUGACGGAAAACUUUUGUAUUUUAUAUUAGAUACAGUAGUUCCGAGAUUACGUACGCCGGCAUUGGUGAAAUCUUUAGAACAGGUCUCGCAGUUUAUGGAACAGUGUGUAUACUGUCUGUUUGGCCAUCCAGGUAAAAAGAACAAGUUAAAAUAUUUGAUUGAUCACAAUGUAACUCCUCAAUCCUUAGAUUGGAAAAGGGCGCAACAAGUUUACGAAAUUUUUAGACCACCUGUGUUGCCAGUUUUGGAAGGCAAGGUCUCUGGAAUUACUGCUGAUACUGAACAGUUAUUCCAUCGUAUUCUUGCACAUUUGCCGCCAGAAUGUGAUCCACAAAAGUAUGUAGUAGAGAUAGAAAAAUACAUAAAAGGUGUAGAGGAUAAAUUGCCAGAAAUUCCAAAACUCAUGCCAUAUAAAAUGAAAGAUAUCUAUUUUUUGCUUGGUGAUUAUUAUUUCAAAAAAGAAGAAGGCAAGAUGGCUGUGAAAUAUAAUAUGUUGGAUGUGGUUGUGAACAAUGACCGUUUAGAAUCCUGGGCGGAAAUAUCCCUGGCAAAAGCUGUAAAUUUAGAAAGAAUUCUUAAUUCUUGUAAGAACAUUAAUAACGAAAGGGAGUUUCUAAACCCUGCUAGGUCUAUUAUAAGAUGUUUCAAACGUGCACUUGACUUAGAUCCUACACACUGUAAUAUGUGGAUUGAAUAUGGUAUAUUUGUAUACACAGUGCAUUCAUUCUGUUCAAGACUACUCAAACAAGAUAGCGAAUCUCUAAGCAUGGAAGAUUUUGAAUCUUUAGAGAAACAAAAAGAAAAUAUGUUAAAUACUACACAGAAAUGUUUCUUAACUGUUUUAGAAGAUCUUAAUAGUAGCGCCGAUACUGAGAAAGCUAACGAAGACUCUUGGUUACAUUAUUACAUGUUAGGGAAGGUUGCCGAAAAAAAGAAAAAACCUCCAUCUGUUUAUCUAGACUAUUAUAUGCGAGGCGUCAAGAGCUUACAAGAAACUGACGCAACAUACCCAUUAAAAAUAAAUUAUAGUUCACCUACUCAUUUGUGUAUAGAAGUCUUAGAACUACAUUAUAGGAUACAUGCAUCGAUAUUAAAAUAUAUAGAACAACAUGAAAAUAAACCGAUUCCUGCCACUGUAGGAAAAGUGUUCAUGACUUGCAUUGAAGACUGGAAAAAUGGUCCUUUUUCAAAAAAACCUAAAAAGGAUGGUACAAAUGAGAACGAGACCGAGGUAAAACCUGUCGAGGCAAUACAUGCUGCAAAUAUAUUAAAGCGUUCCAUAAGUGAUGUUGGUGAAGAAGAAACUCAAGAAGUGAAACGUUUGAAAUUAGAAGCUGCAGCUGCCAAAGUUAGAAGAUCAGCUUCUUAUGAUACGGAGCGAGUUGCACAGAAAGAAUCGACUGUGAUUACAAACAUAGAAAAGACUGCAGAAUCAUCUAAAACCGCGGAAAUGUCUAGUAUAAAAGAAGUCGAAGAAGAAACAGUCACUAAAACAAAUGAAGUAACAGAAAAACCUGUAGAUAUAAGACCAAUAGACGAAAAAGUAGAAAUUAGUCAGGAACAACUAGAACAAAAAAAGGAUAGUGAUUUAGAGAAGCAAGCAGAAAGUUCAAGUAGCACGUCUUCUUCUUCUUCUUCAUCUUCUGAAUCAAGUUCAAGUGAUUCUACUUCCGAUAGCAGUAGUUCCUCUAGCAGAGAUAGUGGUACAUCUAGUAAAUCUUCAAAUGACUCUAAAUUAUUAACUGAUGACGAAAUUAUGAAGAUCAUUACAACAUGUCUAGACGCUUUAGAGGAUUGUGCUAGUCGUUUUCCACCACAUUACAAAGCUAUCUAUAGAUUGGCUCAUUACCAUUUUUAUUAUAAAAAGGGUAAAGACAUCGAGAAAUGUAGAGAUUUAAUGCUCUCUAAUUUUACUCUAAGAACAGGGCAAAAAUUAGGGGGUUUGUUCAGUGAAAGAAAACAUUCUAACUUCUUUAAUAAUAUCUGGAAGAUACCAUUAGGAGAAGUAGAAAGAGCAGGGGGUUUUGCGUUCCACAUGAGCCGAUCAGUUCAGCUAACCAUGGAAAUAUUAAAGGAAAUUGACGAUCACAAAACAUUGCUUGAUUUGAGUUUACAUUUACAAAGAAUUCCAGAACUUGAUAAGAAGUAUCUACGAGACUCUGACAGGGAAGAGUUAGCGCAACAGGCAUUUUCACUUUGCGUGCAAUCAUUAAAAGGUCAAUUAACUAAAUUUAGCCAACAGGCUGAUCUUAAAAGCAAUGAAGUAGAAAAACAAGCAUUAAAAAGUUUAACUCUGGAUAUUUACAGGGCUUAUCAAAGAGCACAAAAACAACCGAAUUCCAAACAGUUUACUAAUUUGCUAGUCGAAGCUUAUAAAUUAGUAUGUACUACUCCAAUAACAGAUAGUACGAACCUUGUAGAUCUCAGUAUGAAAUACUGCCAGUCAAUGAUACAAGCUCUUAAACAACAAGCCACUCAAGCCAGUAUAGAUAAGAAUCAAAAUGCUCAGAAAAAACAAGCUGCGAAAUCUUCGGAAACUGUGAAACCUCGUGAAACCCUUUCUGCUCCUAAUGUGCAGAAAAAUACAGAUCAUAAGACCUCUACUUCAACCACAGGGUUGCCGAAGAUAUCCGCCCACGAUAUGGCCGCUGCGUUCCAAAACUAUAUUCCUAUGCUAAAUGACCCGGUUAUAUCACAGCAGACUGCUGCGGCGUUGUCACUUUCCUAUUUGAGCAAUAUUAGUGCAUUGGCUGGCUAUACAUCGUUGCAAAAUUCAUUACAAACUAGCCUCCAAAAUUCUUUUCAAGCAGAAUUUUAUCGUCAAUUUUUGGGUCAAAGUCUCUCGUCCUACGGAAUGCCUCCCCAAAAAAAGCAAAAACGUGGUCCAAAGCCUCAAUCUUCAAGAUCUUUACAGCAACCCGUAGCUACAAUGAAAGUGACUAAGUCUUUUAGCACCACUUCGAAUGCUUCAGUUUCGAAAGCAACGCCCACCUCUGUUAUUACCAGUAUUCAGAAAUCUGCAUCCGCUCCUCUCGCACCCAGCAUGGGAACAGUGUUGCCAACAUUGCCUGCCUCGAUGACCGCGAACUUAACUUCGUUUGGCUCUACAAAUCAUUCGUCAGGUCUAUCAGUAACGAGUAAGCAUAGUACUGUGCCGACACAGGCGCACUUAUCCACGGCCUCGACUGUGAGUGCUGCUAUCCAUACUAAACCUCCUAUGCCCCAUCAGCAAGUUAGUCCUGGUAAAACUUUGCAGGAAAAAUUGGCCGAACGACAGAAACACAUGCCAACAUCGAAGCCGAAUUCAUCACAAGACAUAAAUGCGUCUAUUAGUAAGCUUCCAUCUUCUUUGACAAUAACUAAAACAUCAGUAUCGAAACAGUCUGUUCAAAGUAAGAAACCUGAAGCCAGGAAGCCCUUCAACGAAGUUCGGCCCAAACAGAUAUCUAGCGAUGAGGUCAUUGUCCUUGACGACGACGAUUAGAUUAAAACAUUGUAUCAGUGAUAUUUAUAAACUUAAUGCACUGUUAUUCGAGACUGCCAAUAUAUUUGAU